UUGCAGGUGUGCACCACCGCGCCCGGUGCAAAAGACGUUUAAUAUAUAUAUGAAUUUCCACAUGGUAUCCCUAGGAAAACCGAGAGGUGUGACUCAGAGGCCUACGGCGCUACCCGCGGCCCCAGGCUGCCGCCGGGGUCCAAACCCCGCUCACGUGGAGGCGGCUGGGGACUGUGGGCCGGGCGUCCCUAGCCGGCAGGCUCGCUGACCCUCUCCCGCCGCCGCGGCUCGGCCGCACUUCCCGGAUCAGUGCCUGGCGGCCUCAAGGUAUCCCACCCUGCCAGAGAGCGUGAAUCUCGGCGCCAGCCCGCCCAGGCCACGCGGGGUCCGGGUCGCGUACCCGGCAACGGUUGCUAGGGGGCGGGGCUCAGCCGCCGAACCGGCUCGUGAAUCUUUGGGUCCGAAGAUGAGGCCCCGCCCCGUUGCCAUGGCUCCCGGGCCCGCAACCCCGCAGCGGAAAGAACACCCGGGAGUCAAGAGCGCGGCGGCAGAGGGGCCCAGGGCCGCGCCCCCAGGGCCGGGCACCCUGCCCACCCUUAAGCAGGUUGGAUGUGGAUGGACCCAGCCUGGGAUGGAUCCCAGGGGCCUCGGCCACACACAGCCAGUGUCCAUGUACGAGAGCUGAGUUGGCAGGGCCUGCACAACCCCUGCCCACAGAGCAGGUCCCUGGGCAGCCAUGGGGACAGCUGCAGGGAGCAACUGUUGGAGCAUCUGUCCCCUGCUCGACUGCGGGUCCUGGCCCAGGUGGACAACCUCCAGCUGGUGCGGGUGCUGGAAAUGUGUGUGGACACCCGUGAGAGCAGCCUGGGAAACUUCGGAGUCCACCUGCCCAACCUGGACCAGCUGAAGUUGAACGGCAGCCGCCUGAGCUCCCUCAGAGACCUCGGCACCUCUUUGAGCCACCUGCAGGUGCUGUGGCUAGCUCGCUGUGGCCUGACAGACCUGGAUGGCAUUGGGUCCUUCCCCGUGCUAAAGGAACUCUACGUCUCCUACAAUGACAUCUCGGACCUGAGCCCGCUGUGCCUGCUGGAGCAGCUGGAGGUGCUGGACCUGGAAGGCAACAGCGUGGAGGACCUGGGGCAGGUGUGCAGCCUGCGGCUGUGCCCGCAGCUCACCACACUCACCCUGGAGGGCAACCCGGUGUGCCUGCAGCCAGCCCCUGGACACUCCAACAAGGCACCCCAGGAUUACAACUACAGGGUGGAGGUGAGGAAGCUCAUCCCCCAGCUACAGGUGCUAGAUGAGGUGUCCACCAUGCACACUGACCUGCCUGCCACCCAGGAGCUGAGCCAGGACUGGCUCAUAGUGAAGGAGGCCAUCAAGGAAGGCCGAGUGCUGGACAGUUUCCUCCCCCGACAAGAUGUUUCCCAUGGAGCCAUUAUCCAGAGACUUGAUCCAGCAUUCUCCCUACCUGAGACCCAGCCCUGGGCCCUGUCCCUGCUGGUCCCUGGGGGCGUCCUGCCUGAACGCCUGCUUCCCAAGGACAUGGCCCCAGAAGACCACACCAGCAACCUCACUCAUGGUGCCGGCCAAGUCCUCUGCGGGAACCCCACCAAAGGCCUGUGGGAACGUAGGCGUCAGAACCAGGACUGGGCACCCUUGGAACAGCUACCUCCAUUCAAGUCACAUCUGGCCACCAGCCCCUCCACCCCAGGGCCUGGCCCUGCAGACACCUGUGACCUCCUAACCAUGGUGGGGCUUCAGGCCUGGAGGGAGCUUGGCCUGUGUCCCCGGCCCCACAGGCAGACGGAGUCCCAGCAGGAAGGGGCUCCAGCCCCCCAGGACCCAUGGAGGGCCCCUGAAGAGCAAGAGGACCAGAUUGGACCCAAGACUGUCCCUAGUCCCAUGAGCCUGGCCUCAGAGCAUUCCAGAACCGUGGGCUUUCACCUGAUCCCUUCUGCUCCCAAGUGCCCAAUGCCACCUGACUCUGGAAGCAGCUCCCCCAGGGGCUCUGCAGUCCUGUCUUUCAGAGGGCGAAGGCUCAGAGCACUGGACAGCCUGUGUGGGAGCCCUGGAGGUAACCUCAGGCCUCAGUGCUUGAGCCCAGGGGUACCCAGACCCAAAGCCAACAGGAGACCCAGCAGCCAGACAUCCAGGCCUCUGCUGCCUGCUCCACCUGAACUCUAUCACCCCCACCCACUCCCUCCCUUAGUGUAAGCCCCCACCAACUGCCAGGUUCACCGGGACUGGGGCCAAGGGGUGCCAGUGAGGUCAUGGGAGCCCCAGAAGGACUCUGUCUUCAYAGACCCUGGAGCAACUAGGCAGGUGUGGGGCUGGAGGGUGGGUUUGGCCCUGAAGAGGCCCCUUUUGGUGCAGAGGAACCUGAAGUUGGGACCAGUCAGCAGGUAUCAGAGGCCAGAACAGACAUUAGGUCCAGGUAGGGAGAGCCCAAGCUCCCCACCACUGCUCAGCUGCCCACCCUUCCAUGGGGCCUAGCCUUCCCAGGAGAAAUGGUCAAAGGGGCAGGCCUGGUAAGAGGCAGACUGGGCUCGGUGGCAGGACCUGGAGCUGGGCUCUCCAGGAGCCUCAGGGCUGCGAACCACUCUCUCCACUGAUGCAGCCCAGGGUCCUACCUGCUUGCCCUAGGCUGCCAUGGGCAAAGCCAGGCCUCCCAUCCCUGGUGGAUUUGUGGGGUUUCCCUUGAGAAGCUGGGAGGUGCAGGUCCCUCCUCUGGGGGCA